CAAUUUCACAAAUCUGAAAAUAAGCUCGAAAAUUGUAAGAAGAGAUCAAGAAGCAGUCGAGGAGUAGAACGAUGGCGCUGAACAUCACCCCCCAGCUCGGUUCCCUUCGCGGUUCCCCGUUUCCAGAGCAGGCCGGCGGUGGAGAUCAGCCGACGGCUGUUUCGGCUUUAUGGAAACCGGUAGCUUCUGGGGGUAACCUCCGUUGCAGGAUUCGGCAGUCUGGAGGGCCAGAUGUGGACUCGCCGACGCCGCCGGUGAGCCCUUGCCGAUCGCCGAUUUUGGGGGCCUUGCGACCGGAUUUAACUGUCGCGUGCCGGGCUCUGAUGUCGGAUGCGGUAGUGGAGGAGGGUGUGGAGCUCGAGCACGGUGGAAUGGGUACGGGGGGUAAGGGAAAAGGGGUUCCGGUUUAUGUAAUGCUUCCGCUUGAUACGGUGAAGCCAGGCGGCGGCAUGAAUAGGAGGAAGGCGAUGGUGGCGAGUUUGAAGGCGCUGAAAACAGCUGGAGUGGAGGGGGUUAUGGUGGAUGUGUGGUGGGGGACCGUGGAGAGGGAGCGGCCGGGGGUUUAUGAUUGGAGCGGAUAUGAUGAUCUGAUGGAUAUGGCUCGCCGGAUCGGCCUCAAGGUUCAGGCUGUGAUGUCCUUCCACCAGUGCGGCGGUAACGUCGGUGACUCUUGCACUAUACCGUUGCCGCGAUGGGCGGUGGAGGAGAUGGAGAAAGACCCGGACCUCUCGUACACCGAUCAAUGGGGCCGGCGAAACUACGAAUACAUCUCGCUAGGCUGCGACACUAUUCCGGUGCUCAAGGGCCGAACUCCGGUGCAGUGCUACGCAGACUUCAUGCGCGCAUUUCGAGAUCGCUUCGGCGCGCUUCUAGGAUCCACAAUCGUCGAGAUACAGGUAGGCAUGGGUCCUGCAGGCGAGCUCCGCUACCCUUCCUACCCCGAGCUUAACGGCACCUGGAAGUUUCCCGGCAUCGGUGCUUUCCAAUGCUACGACCGCUACAUGCUUGCCAGCCUCCGUGCUGCCGCCUACUCAGUUGGCCAUCCAGAGUGGGGCAAUGGAGGCCCUACGGAUGCUGGGAGUUACAACAACUGGCCGGAAGAUGCUCCUUUCUUCCGUCGUGAACAUGGAGGAUGGGAUGGGGAAUACGGAGAGUUUUUCCUUUCUUGGUAUUCCGGCCUCCUCCUCGACCAUGGCGAACGUGUUCUCUCCACUGCCGCAGCUGUUUUCGCUGAUACCGGCGCAAAGAUCUCCGUAAAGAUCGCCGGAAUUCACUGGCACUACGGCACGAGGUCACACGCCCCGGAGCUCACUGCCGGGUAUUAUAACACGCGAUUCCGCGAUGGGUACAAGCGCAUAGCUGAAAUGAUCGGACGGCACGGCGCGGUGCUGAACUUCACUUGUGUGGAAAUGAAGAACUUUGAGCAGCCAGAAGAUGCAAUGUGUCGGCCGGAGGAGCUGGUGAGGCAAGUGGCCGCAGCAGCAAGGCGGGCCGGCGUGGGGCUUCCGAGAUAUGAUGAAGCUGCGCACGAGCAGAUCGUGAAGACGGCUACGGUGGCGGAGGGGGAGGACGGGGGGAAGAUGGAGGCGUUCACUUAUCUGAGAAUGGGGCCGGAUCUGUUCCGUGAGGAUAAUUGGAGAAAGUUCGUGGCUUUCGUGAAGAGUAUGCGGGAGGAGGAGCGGUGUCGGGAGAUGGCGGAGAGGGAGGCGGAGAGCUUCGUUCAUGCCACCGUUCCGCUCGUCCAGGAGGCCGCCGUUGCGUUAACUAGCGGCUGAAUAGGCGCCGGCGAUGUAUUUAUAGUUGUCCGUCGAUUUAUAUAGGGUAUUUCGAUCCCUAAAGUAGAAAGAGAAGGAUGUCGUUUCAUCUCCAUCUUCGAAUCAGCUCCAGCUUGGCUGUGGAAAGGCAAUGGGUUGUUCUUCCGGCGCUGCUUAUGUGAACUGUAACUAGUAUAAAAUCGGGGUAGUUUACCUGAACUUAUAUGGAACGGAAGUAUUUAUUUUUGGGUAGUUAUGUUAUAUUUCACUGAUCAUUAUUGGAUCAUUAUUGAAUAAAAUUAGUUAAGUAAUGGGCUUCUUGAAAGAAA